UCAUCUUCAAGAGGGCGGGGUUCCCGAGAUGAGACAGGAGCCAUUCCUUCUAAUAAGUCUGUCUCACCCCUGACAGAUCGAGUCGUGCACCUUAACUUCAAACAUCGCUCUUAAAUCUUAGAAACAUAUUCUAAAUAUCUUUCAAAGAUAUAAUAGUUACUUCUAUUUUUUUUUUUUUUCUAUUUUUUCCGGAAACAAUUUUUUUUUUUGCGAAGAACAAAAAAAUGAUGCAAACACAGCCAAUGAGUUUGCCGGGUAUUCCAAGUGUUUAUGUGAUGGUGAAUGAUAGUUCAGGUAUUCCACAUAGCGGCGGAAGUUCAGCGAGUAAUUCACCAAAUCAUUAUGAGAGAUUUUCACCACCAAGUCAUUUAAUGGAUCUCAGCAAUCCACAGGAUCAAAGGCUUCUUCCAAGUUUACAUCGUCAACAUCACCACCUUCAUCAUCAUCAUCAACAGCAGCAGCAACAACAACAACAACAACAGCAUAAUCAUCAUAAUAAUCAUCAUUCUCUUUAUCAAACGCAAUCUAAUUACAUCACUUAUCCAAAUAUUGUUGGUAACAAACGUUUUCAACAAAUGAAUAACGAAAGAUUGAUUUAUGACAAAAUUGAUUGCGACCGGCGGCUACAUUCAUCACCGGAAUUAAUUUCCGAUCAUGGACAUCGUGAUCAUGAAAAUAUUUAUCUAUCGCCAUCACCACAAAUGUAUUCAUCCGGCGAGGAAAUGAAUUCACAAAUUCAUGAUCAAUCUUAUAUUAACAAUAUCAUUGAAUUUAAACCCGAAGUCAUUGAUUUUAAAGAAGAGGAAGAAAUAACGAAUUUCAAGGAAGAAAUACCAAAUUUCAAAGAGGAAGAGGAAAUUACAAAUUUCAAGGAGAAUAAAAUGAGAAAAAUUUUACCAUCAUCGUCGUCGUCGUCAUCAUCAACGAAGAAUACAUUUCCAACAUCACGACCAACAUCCGGUAAACGAAAACGUAAAUACAGUGUUGAUAAUGAUUCAGAUGAUGGUGAUAAUUCUUCAUCAUCAUCAAGUAAAUAUAAAAUAAGACGAAAGAAUGGCGCAACAUUUGAAGAAAUUCAAAAUCAACGAGUUAUUGCCAAUGUUAGAGAGAGACAGAGAACACAAAGUUUAAAUCAAGCUUUCACUGAUCUUAGAAAAAAAAUACCAACAAUGCCAAGUGAUAAGCUCAGUAAAAUACAAACAUUGAGGCUUGCUGCCAGGUACAUCGAAUUUCUUUCAACGGUUGCACAAUGUCCUGCUGAUAAUUUGGAAGGAUUAGAUGAAGGCGAUUCCAAUCAAAGAAAUGCAUUACAUUUGGCAGCCAAAGAAAUUGCAUCAACCUCUUGUACUUACAUUGCGCAGGAAAAAAUUUCCUAUGCAUUCAGCGUUUGGAGAAUGCAAGGUGAAUGGAAUGCUAAUUUAUAGAAGGCAAAAAAAAAAAAAUUGGUUUAUGAAAUAAAUCUGGGAACGAUGAACCAUAUUUGAUCCAGUGAUUACAUUUUAACCAUGAGGAACAUUUCACGGAUUCGCUGGUACGAAAACUUUUAAAUGUCUCCAAAAUUACAUUUACGUGUAAAUUUUUAUUAUUUCAUAUAUAUUAGUUUAUAAGUAGAAUAUUAUUAACUCUAAAGCCAUUUUUUUUAUUUUGAGCAUAUUUACUUUCACAAUUAUUCUUGUAAUUUGCAAUUUAUUUAUUUUUAUGAGAAUAUUUUUUUAUUAACACUAAACAAAAUUCAUUUAAUACUAUAUUAACAAUAUUAUUAAAAAUGAAAUUAAAAAUUUAAAUUUAAGCGAAAUUUUUUACUUUUGUGAAAAUAAAAGUAGAAACAAUUUUGUGAUUAAUGAUCUUUGACGAUCAGAUCAAAUUACAUUUACUAUAAACGUGAGUUUUUAAUAUAUGUAAUUCUGAUCACAUUUUCUUUACUCGUUUAAAAAAUAGCUUUUGGCAAAAAAAUUUGCCCCUAAAAAUCUUACAAACAGCUAAAUAAUCAAAAAAUAAAUGAAGAGAAAAUAAUAAAAAACAGAAAUAAAAAAUUACUUUUAUCACUAAAAUGAUAGGGAAAAUAAAUUAUUUUUUUUUCUAUUUCUAAAUAUCAUAUUUUGAGUUAUAAAAAUGAAGGACUUGAAAUUUUUGGGGGUAAUAAUGGCAAAGGAAAGAUUUUAUAAAGCGCGUGCCUAUGGGGAAUCCCCGUAGGAAAUACCAUGAAUUUUAACAAUGUCAAAACGGUAAAUGGAAAGAGAUUACUAAACUGAAAAUAACAGGUAUAUAUUUGAAUUUUAAUCCCAACAGCUCUUGAGAGUAAAAUAGGAUACCUUUAAGUUAAAUUUACGAUUUGUGAUUAUAUUGCAUGGCUUUUAAGAAUACUAUAUAUACCAACCAGAAAAUAUUGGUUGCCUUUUACAAUACACGAUCUCUUCACCAUUUAUUGCACUGUGACCGUAUACCAGUAAAUUCAGGAUUAGACAUCAAAAUAAUCUCCCCCAAAAGCUCUAAAAGUGGGUUUUUCCCUGACGAAAAUUCGCAAAAAAAAAGAGAGAGAGAGAAGUGACCUACCUGUAGUUUUUCACCUAUUUAAAAAUUUUUUUUCUAGGGAAUUUCCCAUUUAUGAAAAAUAAAAAAAAUGGAAGAGUUUUAUAAAAAAAGGAUUUAUAAUUUAAUUUUUAAGAAUUAUUUCAGAAAGGAAAAAAUUAAUUUUUUAAUAAUGUUUGUUCUGUGAAAAAAAUUAAUUUUUCUAAAUUUUGUUUUGUAACAAAAUAAUUAUAAUUUUUUUAAAAAUUUGUCCUGUAAAAAAUUAUAAUUUAAUUUUUAAAAAUAUUUCUUCUUUAAAAGAAGAAAAAAAUUAAUUUAUUUUAUAAAAAUGUUUCUUCUGUGAAAAAAAAGAAAUUAUUAAUUUUUCUAAAUUUUGUUCUAUAAAAAAAUAAUUUUAAUUUUUAAAGAAUUUCUCUUUUGAAAAAAAUUUGUAAUUUGAUUUAAAAAAUUUGUUCUUCAAAAGAAAAAAUUUCAUUUUUUAAAAAUGUUUAAAAAAAAUUAAUUUUGUUUAUUAAAAAAAUAAAAUUUUUGUAAAUAUUUCUCCGGGAAAAGAAAAUUAUAAUUUAAUUUUUUAAUGUUUCUUCUGUAAAAAAAAAACUUUAGUUGUUUUUUGUUUACAAUAUUUUUAUUUUGUUACAAAAAAAUUUACUUUAAACUAAAAGAGAAUAGUGAAAAAUGACAUUAAAAAAAAUGUUUUACGAGAGUUCUGAGGAGAAGAAAGUCUUUUGGAUAUUAUAAAAAAGUGCAUCUCUCUCUCUUUUUUUUUUGUUUUGGGGGUGGAUGAGGGGGGUUUUUUGAGACUGAUUAUGUAUGUAUGGGUAUAUAAGACCUGUCUGUCAUGAGAUAUGUGUUUACAUAUACGUUCACGCAUAUGCAGUGUAACCAGGCGAAGGCGAGCGUGUGAAUAUUUCGGAUGGAGUUAGUUAUUUUAAUCCAGCCAAAGCAAACUCUCUAGCUGCGUUUUACUCGCUUAACGAAGACACGCUGCGUUAAAGUCUCGGACUGUCUUUAUUGCGGUAGUGAAUCUUCGGGAAAAAAACACCGAUUCCUUCUCCCUUCAGUAAUUUUUUUUUUCUUUUUUUUUUUAUUUUCAUUUUCGAAUGUGCCUCGCCACACAAUCUUCAUCUCUUCCCCCCCAUUGUAUAGUAGAAAUUCAAAAUUAUAAAAAAAAAAAAUUUUUUCUUUACUUUGGCAAUUCGAAUAUUAAAAAAAUAAUUAAUUUUCACUAAAAUAUUUCUUAGAAAUUAAUUUUAUGAAAAAUUUUUGUUUUUAAAUAUUGAGCUUAGAAAAAUAAAUUUAUUAUUUUAAAUAUUAUUUUUGUUUCGAAAAUAACGAAAAUUUGAAAAUUAUUUUAAAACACUUGAAAUAAUAUUGACUUUAGAAAUAUUAUAUAAACCUGCUCAUAUAUUCUCAGGAUUAUUAAUUUUCAUUUUUCUAAAAUUUUUUGAUAAUGAUGAAUUUUUAUUUAACUUUGAAAAAUAAAAUUAGGGAAAGGAUUUUUUUUUUUCUAAAAGAAAAAUGAAAUUGACUAAUUAAGUAGUAUGAGCAUCCGUUGUAAAAAUAUGAGAAUGAUAUGUGUGUGGUAGUCAUAGAAGGGAAGAGAAAAAAUGUCAAAACGACACUAACAGCAGCUGUCGAGGUCUAUAUAGAAGAGACAAGGGAUCGUUAAAAGAAACCAAGGCCAAUUUGACCUUAGGAUUCACGAUUCCUUUAAUUAUUUUCGUCAAAUUUAAAAUGACAUUCAAAUAUAUUUCAAGUUCUUUUUGCAAAAAACCAAACUCAAAAUUAAAACACUAUUUUUUAUUUUUAUCACUUCAUUUAUUAUUAUCGAUGAAAAUCACUAAAUAUUAUUUUAAUAUUCAAUGAUAAUUUAAUUAUCAAUUUACCUUCUUAAUUAUUAUAAAAUUUUAAACGAGUAAUUGAAAUUUAAUAAAAAAAAACUGACGUUGAAUGCCAAAUAUGUGAGAAAAAUUAAAAAAUAUAAAGACAAAUUAUUAUAUAUAAGCUAUCGCGAAUAAGACUAUAUAAUAAUAGUAAUAAUAAAAAAAAUUUCUAAAAAGAAAUUUUCAUCACCCUCGACUGUUUUAAAAACAAAAAUAAUUAUUAAUUUACGAAAUAAUGCUAUGAGUGUUUGUUUUUCACCUUCAGCCAUACAGCAAAUCUGCCAAAGUUUUAUCAUUAUUCUUUGUAUGUAAAUGAUUAAUUUUCACCAUACUUUGAAAAAUAAUUUUAAUUUGUAUAUUUUACUAUUAUAUUUGUAUACAAAGGAUUACUGUAUAUUUUUUUUGAGGGAAUAGUAUUAUAUUACCUUUAAUUUUUAAGAACAAUUUAUUUUAUAUUAAAUAAAUAGAUUUGUACUUAAAAUAGAGUGAUAUUAAAAUAAAGUCACAAGAUCAUUGUCCGUAUAAUAAUAUUUUUGAAAAAAAAGAAAAAAGAGAAAUGGAAAAAAAAAAUUUUUUUGAAAAAAAAGCAUAAUAAGUGAUUUUAACUGACUAUAUUGAUCUGUGACUUUUUUUGUACAUAAUAAUUAAAGCAUAAUUAAGUAAU